UCAUAGUAAAACUAAGGUACCAACUUCACACUUGUAUUCUGCAGUAGGACUUGUCUACAACUAAAAUGCUUUCGUUUCAUCUGGUUUUGAUUGGCGUUGUGUUUGCAACCUUUGGAGAAGUCAACACUCUUUAUGGCGAGGGAGACGAAUAUUUCUAUGACAGAUACGACGGAAAGCCUGCAUUUCAUGCAUACGUGAAAGAUAAUCGUCCUUUCAGUGGAAAUGACAUCCUGAAAUUUGACGAAGUCUUGACAAACAUCGGGAACAACUACGACCCUAUAACAGGACAGUUCACAGCACCCAAAACAGGAUUGUACCAAAUUGCAUGUACCAUACAAGGACAUCGGACAUCUGGUGUCACCUUUCAGAUACAGAAAAAUAACGUGAGAUUUGAUCUUGGUUAUGCAGGGGGUAGGGACUGGCAAGCUGUAACUCGUGUUCUACUGAUGCAGCUCAAGGAGGGAGACAAAGUGUUCGUUCAACACAGAGUACCUCGGAGAAAAGAGACUGUUGCUGGAAAUCGCCAUUCAUAUUUCUCUGGACGUCUUUUGCAAUAAAUUCAAUUUGAUAUUA